GAGGUGAAUCAGAUCAUGGAAACAAACUUAUGGCUCAGGCAUAUCUGGAACGACUACAAGCUGCGAUGGACGCCGGCUGAGUUUGAUGGGAUUGAGUUCAUUAGAGUUCCAUCAAACAAGAUUUGGAGACCUGACAUUGUGCUCUACAACAAUGCUGUGGGUGAUUUCCUUGUGGAGGACAAAACCAAGGCUCUGCUGAAGUUUGAUGGGACCAUCACCUGGGUUCCUCCAGCUAUUUUCAAAUCCUCCUGCCCCAUGGACAUCACCUACUUCCCCUUUGACUAUCAAAACUGCUCCAUGAAGUUUGGCUCCUGGACUUAUGACAAAGCCAAGAUUGACCUGGUACUUAUUGGGUCCAAGGUGAACCUGAAGGACUUCUGGGAGAGCGGCGAGUGGGAAAUCAUCGACGCUCCGGGCUACAAGCAUGAUAUCAAGUACAACUGCUGUGAGGAGAUCUACCCAGACAUCACAUACUCCUUUUACAUCCGGCGCCUGCCACUCUUCUACACCAUCAACCUCAUCAUCCCCUGCCUCCUCAUCUCUUUCCUCACAGUGCUGGUUUUCUAUCUCCCGUCUGACUGUGGAGAGAAGGUCACGCUCUGUAUCUCCGUCCUGCUCUCCCUCACUGUGUUCCUGCUCGUUAUCACCGAGACCAUUCCCUCCACGUCGCUGGUUAUCCCGCUCAUUGGAGAGUACCUGCUCUUCACAAUGAUCUUCGUCACACUCAGCAUCGUCAUCACCGUGUUUGUGCUGAAUGUACACUACCGCACGCCAAUGACCCACACUAUGCCGGGCUGGGUGCGCUCCGUGUUUCUCAAAGUGCUGCCGAGGAUUAUGCUGAUGCGUAGACCGAUUGAUGAAGACAGCAAGGCUGGGGGGUUGGACAGCAGUGGGGAGGCAGGAGGAGCUGGAGGGGGAGGAGGAGGCGGAGGAGGGAAAGGAGGGAAGAAAAGGAAGAAUAGCUUGAUGCAGGUCGGAGGAGGCUCCCUCAACUGUCUGGAGUUUGGGGACAGCAAGCUCUCCUCCGUGGAGGGCUGCACUGGGAAAAAAUGCCCUUGCCCCUGCCAGCAUGGAAAGGAGACCCCAGAAACACCAGAUACGGGGAAGAUGACAUGCCAGCUGAGUCCACAGAGCAUCAAUACAGUGGUGGCCUUUUCUGUGGUUUCACCUGAGAUUAAACAGGCCAUCGAGAGCGUCAAGUACAUCGCCGAGAAUAUGAGGAGCCGCAACAAGGCCAAAGAGGUGGAGGAUGACUGGAAGUACGUUGCCAUGGUGAUUGAUAGAAUCUUCCUUUGGGUGUUUGUGACCGUGUGCGUCCUGGGAACCGUGGGCCUCUUCCUCCAGCCACUUUUUGGCUUCGUCUCAUAA